AACUUCCUCAUGAAGUUGUUUCUUCCUCACCAUUACCAUUACCAUUUCAUGAUCAUUCUUUAACUAUUCUUCCAUCUUCCACUCUCUUUCUUGGAUUUCAAGGCAACUCAGUUCAUAUUUCUUCCAUUAUCCAUUCUUUUUCAAGCGUUUAUUUACAUUAACACAGACACUUCAUUCAAUUAAACGUGUCCCGUUUCGGAAACAACUGCUGUUUUACCAUUUUUUUUCUUAUCAAAAUCACAAUCCUCAGCUACAUUUUUGUUGUUGGCAUUGAUCCAGUUAAUGAUGGGGACAAUUAAAUGGGAUGAUGAGUACUCAGUAAUUGGAGACAAGGCUGAAAUCGGGUUUCUUGAUUAUGAAGAUGAUCAAUCUGUCUGUAACUAUGAUCCCAAUAAAGAAGAUGGUUCCGUUAUUAUAUCCGCUCCAUUUCCUUUUCGAAAACGUAAGCCGCAAUCUAUUCUUGUAGGCCAAACUUCAAAAUGUUCAGUUACUAUACAGAACACCGUUACUGACUCUCUCGAGCUUUGGGGAGUUAGAAUAUUCUGCUCAAAUCCUGCAGAUUCAUUCACAUUGUCUUUAACAGAACCGAAUUCGACUGCGAAAAACGGGUUCUUGGAGUCAUAUUCUCUGGAGGACAGAGUUCUUCAGUCGCAUGAAACGCUAACCAUUUGGUUAUCUUGCAAACCAAGGGAACUAGGGUUGCACACUACGGUGCUGCAUUUUGAUGUGGGUGAUGACAGGAUUGAACGUGUGGUGUUUUUAUUGGCUGAGGACAAGGUUUCUCAGUCUCUGACACCUGACAGGCCGAGAGGUUCGAGAAGAAAACAGAGUGGCAAUGGCAUGGAUGAAUAUGCAGCUUCGUCGCGCGUCUCUCAGCCACGUCCACGUCCUGCUAAGGCGAUGGGCGGUCAUGGGAGGAAGUUUAAGCUUCCUGAAUUUCCAAUACCUGUGGAAAUUAGAGAGUUGAUGGAGAAUCAAUUAGUGCCUGAUGUUGUUUUGGAAGGUUUGACAAGGAAUAACUAUGGUGCUUUCUUUAGAACCUUGCUCAUAAUGGAAGAGUUACAUUUGGAGAAAGAAAUGAGGCGCCAUGACAUGAACUGUGUUAGCAUGAAAAGAAGAGGAUCUCAAAUGUUGGCACUCGAGGUCCCGGGGCUAGCCGAAAGGAGGCCUUCGCUUGUACAUGGCGAUCAUGUUCUGAUCUCUUCCGACAGCAAUGUGUAUAAGGGAUUCAUUUACCUUGUUGGUGCUGAUGAAGUGCUUCUGAAAUUUCCCAAUUAUGUUCAUACACAUCAUCAGAAUUGGAAUUUGUAUAAUGUUCGGUUCAUGUAUAACAGAGUGAAUGUAAGGAGAUUAUACCAUGCUGUUGAAUCAGCAGAGACUUUAGAAUCAGAUCUUCUAUUUCCAUCUCAAUCAAGAUUGAUAGAAACAGCCAAAUUCACGCCUUUUUCACGCGGUCUGAACGCUGAGCAGACACAUUCUGUGGAAAUGAUCUUGGCUUGUGAAGGUGUUCCGCCUUAUGUAAUCUAUGGGCCACCAGGUACUGGCAAAACUAUGACACUGGUCGAAGCGGUUUUACAAGUUUACGCAACGAGAAAGCAUAGUAGAAUUCUCGUGUGUGCCGCUUCUAACAGUGCUGCGGAUCAUAUACUACAGAAACUCAUAAGCUUUGAAAAUAUUGUAGAAGUUAAAGGAAAUGAGAUUUUUAGGCUCAACGCCUCGAGUCGUUCUUACGAGGAUGUUGAUCCUGAUCAUAUUCGUUUUUGCUAUUCUGAAGAGUUGAUUUUCAGAUGUCCUCCAAUUGAGGCCUUGAUGAGAUUUAGGAUCAUUAUCUGUACGUAUGUCAGUUCAUCUCUACUUUUUGCAGAAGGUCUUAAGCGCGGUCAUUUCUCUCAUAUCGUCUUGGACGAGGCCGGCCAAGCUUCUGAACCAGAGAGCAUGGUUCCGAUAUCUAGCUUCUGCCAGAGGGAAACCGUGGUUGUUCUAGCAGGCGAUCCGAAGCAACUUGGUCCGGUUGUGUUCUCGAAAGAUGCUGAUGGUUUUGGGCUAGGGAAGUCGUAUCUACAAAGAUUGUUUGAAUUCGAGAGUUAUCGUAAUGAAGAUGAAUGUUUUGUCACGAAAUUAGUGCAGAAUUAUCGAUGCCACCCUGCAAUUUUGCACCUCCCGUCGAAGCUUUUCUACAACGGAGAGUUGCUUGCGUGUAAAGAAUACGCCUCUGCGUCCGUUACUAAUAACUUGGAUAUUCUUCGGAACAAAGAAUUUCCUGUUGUUUUCGUCGGCAUUCAAGGCUGUGACGAGAGGGAAGGCAACAAUCCGUCAUGGUUUAAUCGAAUAGAAGCGAGCAAGGUUGUUGAGAUUAUACAGAAGCUGAGUAGUGAUGUCAAUGAGACAGAUAUUGGGGUAAUAACACCGUACAGGCAGCAAGUUUUAAAGAUUAAAAAGGCACUUGAAACUUGGGAAAUGUCAGAGGUGAAAAUUGGGAGUGUUGAACAAUUUCAAGGGCAAGAGAAAGAGGUCAUUAUUAUAUCUACUGUGAGAUCAACUGUUAAACACAAUGAGUUUGACAGAACUUACUCUCUGGGUUUCCUCAGCAACCCGAAAAGAUUCAAUGUCGCAAUUACUAGAGCUAAAUCUUUGCUUAUCAUUGUUGGCAAUCCGCAUAUCGUCUGCAAGGAUCCUUACUGGGAGGAGAUUUUGUGGUACUGUGUGGAUAAUAACUCCUACAAGGGAUGUCCUCUACCUGAAAGGCAGUACAAUGCAUCAUCAGACAAAGCUCCGAAACGAGGGAAAAAUUUCGAUUGCAAUUCAGAAGAUUCUUACUAUUCCGAUAUAGAGACGCCGGAGCAAGACGUUGACGAUGCCGAGUGGUAAGAUGGUCAAUAUUGAUCAGUAGUAGAUGUUAUCUAUCAGUUCAGUGUACGAUUUCUGUUUCUUUAAGUUUGUAGUAAAAAAAAUGAAGACAAGCUUUAAACUGCCCAAGUUUUACUGUAAUUUGUAGAAAACACUGGUGGAAUGUUUCCAUUAUUUCUACAUAUAUAUUGUUGGAAUGAGAAAGAAGAGUAGAUGUUCAAGUUUUAA